AUGGUUGCCGGAAAACGCAAGACGAAGAAGAAAGGCAAUGAGAGAAAGCAUAAGAAUCUAUUGACCAUAAUCUCCAAAGUAACACUCACAGCACAUUCUUUUCUCUCUCAAAACGACCUCACUCUUCUCCCUUCUCAAUCUCUCCUUCUCGAUUCCCUUAUCUCUUCUCUCUCUCUCUUCCCCAAACCCUCACUCCCUCUUUCUCUCUCCUCUCCCUCCUGGUUCCGCCGUUUCAUUUCCUCUACCUCCCUUUCCGAUUCACGAUGGCUCGACGCUUUCCGCAUGUCCAAUCCUUCCUUCCACCACCUCCUCGAUCUCCUCUCCCCUUCGAUCAAAUCCUCUCUCCCCCAAAUUUCACCCGAUUGUGCCCUAGCCGCCGCUAUUUUCCGAUUAGCUCACGGUGCAGGUUACCCUUCCGUCGCGCGCCGCUUUGGAAUUUCUCCCUCCGACGCUUGCCGUGCAUUCUUCACCGUCUGCAAAGCGGUUACCGAUAAUUUAGGGAAUCUCUUCGAGCUUCGUACUGAUUCCGAAAGAGUGGUUGUGGGUUUCGGUUGGAGUUCGCUUCCCAAUUGUUUUGGGGUUUUGGGUCUGUAUGGAUUUGAAAUUGAAGAUGAAUUUUUGGAUAAAAAUGUGUUUUUGAUGGUUCAAGCGUUGGUAGAUUCUGAAGGUAGAUUCUUAGAUGUUUCAGCUGGGUGGCCAAAUACAAUGAAACCCGAAACAAUUUUACAUGAAACUAAGCUUUAUCAUGAUGUUGAGGAAUCUAAGGAAUUGUUACAUGGACCAUCUUAUAAGCUAGGCGAUGGUCGUUUGGUUCCUCAGUAUAUUUUGGGUGAUUCAUGUUUUCCCCUUUUUCCUUGGCUUUUAACACCUUAUAAUAGAGUGAAUGAAGAAGAUAGUUUUAGUUCAGCUGAAAGAGCAUUCAAUUGUGCUCAUAGUAGUGCAAUGGGGUUGUUUGUUGAUGCUUUUGGGAGGCUUCGUACUAGGUGGCAGCUUCUGUCGGAUUCAAGGAAGUGGAAAAAAGAGUGUGUUGAGUAUUUGCCGUUUGUUGUUGUUACUGGUUGUUUGUUGCAUAAUUUUCUUAUUAAAUGUAACGAUCCUACGUUUGUAGAUAAAGGUGUGAAUUGUGUGGAAAAGGAAGGGAAGGAAGGGGAUGUUGUUGCUUUUGAUGGUGUGGUUGAUGAGAGUGCAGUGAGCAUAAGGGAUGCACUUGCUUUGCAUUUGAGUCGGGUGAACCUUAGAAGGUGA